AUGCACGCUUCGGGUGGCGGCUACUGUGACUGCGGUGAUGAGGAGGCCUGGACCAGUGGCGCCUGGUGCCGCAUUCACGGGGGCGAAGAGGAGACGGAGGCUGAGAUGAAAGAACCAACCAGCAGCAGCGGCGAUAGCAGCGGCCAUAGCGCCUUUCGCAGC